UCGUUCUGAGACGCUGACAGUUGCAGUGUUUUUUGGGUUUUUGUAAACUGUGUAAAAAAAUAUUACUUCUAAAGUUCGGUUUAAUAAUAUCUAAACAAAAAUGGAUCCCGCCCUACUACGCGAACGCGAGGCGUUCAAAAAACGGGCCAUGGCAACGCCCACCGUGGAGAAGAAAAACAGAACAGAAAAAGCACCUCCACCACCAAGCAGAGAUGAUGCCCAGAAGAAAAUGCGACCACCAACAGCCCCAAAACUUGAUGCAUCCACAUACAAAACGAUGUCGGGCAGCUCUCAGUAUCGCUUUGGAGUGUUGGCCAAAAUAGUAAAGUUUAUGCGCACCCGCCAUCAGGAUGGCGAUGACCAUCCACUAAGCAUUGAAGAGAUCCUCGAUGAGACCAAUCAGUUGGAUAUUGGACAAUCUGUGAAAAAUUGGCUCUCUGGUGAAGCGCUGCAUAACAAUCCCAAGAUUGAUGUCGCACCCGACGGCACAAAGUUCAGCUUUAAGCCUGUGUACAAGAUAAAGGAUGGCAAAAGCCUGAUGCGACUGCUGAAACAGCACGAUUUAAAGGGUCUCGGUGGCAUAUUGCUGGAGGAUGUGCAGGAAUCGCUGCCGCAUUGUGAGAAGGUCUUGAAAAACCGCGCUGCCGAAAUUCUGUUCAUCAUACGUCCCAUAGAUAAGAAGAAGAUAUUGUUUUACAAUGAUAGAACCGCAAAUUUCUCUGUGGAUGAUGAAUUUCAGAAGCUUUGGCGUUCCGCAACGGUUGAUGCCAUGGACGAUGCCAAAAUCGAUGAAUACCUUGAAAAACAAGGCAUACGUUCGAUGCAAGAUCAUGGCCUCAAGAAGCCCGUUCCAAAACGCAAAAAGGCGGCCAACAAAAAGCGACAAUUCAAAAAGCCCAGAGACAACGAGCAUUUGGCAGAUGUUUUGGAAACUUACGAGGACAACACCUUAACGCAAAAGGGCUCGAACCCCACAUAAUAGACAACUUUCCUAAUGUUCUUAGAUAAGGCAACAAA